AUGGCUCAACAGCUUCCAUCGAAGAGUGCCACCAAUAGCUCAUCCGAAGACGUCGACCUAGCCAAAGAAAGCGUUAAAGCUUUCAUAUCCGCACUCCCUGCAAGGAAGGGGUGGUCUUACCCAUUCGUCCAGUACAAGAGCUACUGGUUCAGACCCGAGUUUCUUGAGCAGUUCUUGCUCGUUGAGCGGUGCUUCAAACCCCGCCCCGACGACAUCAUCCUCGCCACGCAGCCCAAGUGCGGCACCACCUGGCUCAAGGCCCUCGCCUUCACCAUCACCAACCGAUCCCGCUACAACUUCAGCGACCACCCGCUCCUCACCCGACACCCUCACCACCUCGUGCCGUUCAUCGAGAUCCCUGCUGUUGGCGCAGACCACACCGGCGUCGAGUCGCUUCCGUCUCCUAGGAUUCUUGCCACGCACAUGCCCUUGUCGCUGCUCCCGCCAGGCACGGGCUCCUGCGGUUGCCGUGUGGUGUACCUAUGCCGGGAUCCCAAAGAUGCUCUUGUGUCAAGGCUGCAUUUCGAGAAGAAGCUGCUAGAGGGUUUCAGCCUAUCCAUGGACGCCGCUGUCAGCAUGUUCUGCGAAGGUUUCUCGCCGUACGGCCCCUUCUGGGACCACUGCCUCGAAUACUGGAGGGAGAGUGUAGCAACGGCUAACAGUACUGUUCUCUUCCUCAAGUAUGAAGAGAUGAAGUCAGAUCCGCUGCAAGUUGUGAGGAAGCUGGCGGAGUUCCUCAGGGUACCAUUCACCCAAGAGGAGGAGAGCUCUGGCGUCGCUGAGGAUGUGGUGAAGCUGUGCAGCUUUGAGAAGCUUACCAGCCUACAGGUUAACCAGGUUGGUGUUGUUGGUCUAGGAAAUAACGUGCGUCUUGGUAAUUCUGCGUUUUACAGAAAAGGACAAGUAGGGGAUUGGGUGAACCACAUGAGCCAGGAGAUGGGGAAAAAAAUAGACAGCAUCGUCCAACACAAGCUUCAGGGAUCUGGGCUUGUGCUUUGA